AUGACCAGCAGCGCCUCGCAGAGCCCAGCCCUCAACUACGGCCCAGCAGCCACGAUCCCAUCCUCGACCUCGUUCCAGUCGGCCGACGCCGCAACCGGCUCAAGCUCGACGUUUGGCGGCCUCGCCGGCUACCCGGGCUCCAGCUUCAGGAUGAAGGGCGACUCGACGUCGUCAUACAGCUACGACGAGCAGGCGCCGCGGUCGCAGCAUGCGCACGCCGGCUACACCCACCAGGACCUCGGCAACGUCGGCGGACUCGCACCCGGGCAUGGACUCGGCGCGGCCACCGGCCAGCAGUAUGGCGGUGGCGGAGGCAGUGGCGGCAGCAGCAGCGAAUCUUCGCGGUCCGCCUUUUUCCCGCAGCACACCCGGCACACGUCACUUGCCAGCUCCAUCGGCCAGCUCGGCCUCUCUGGGGGCGACGCGGGCCUAGGCAGCGAUGCGGGCACCAGUUUCCAGAACUACGGCGCCUACAGCGACCAGCGGACCGGCCUGGCUGGUAGCACGCUGUCCUCGGCCGACGUUUCUCCCACGCGCUCGCGCUUCCCCACCGCCGGCCACUAUGAUGGCAGGCAGGUCGCCCGAAGCCAGCCCGGCCGUCCGGUCGGGCUCGGCGUCGGCGUGCAGGGCGGCUCGGAUGCGAAUUCUCCAAAGCUACGAGGUUACGGCAACCUCCCAGAGACCAGCAAUUCACCGCGUUCGCUCAAGCGCGCUGCCGAACACCUCGACGACCCUCGAGGCUCGUCUUCGGACCACUCGAACCAGCUGCGACGCCCGGCCUCGUUCCCGGUCAUCAACGCCUCUGCUGCCGGCAGUCUGCCCUACGCGCGUCCGAUGCAGGCGGUCGAUCCGAGGACGGCGCAGAGCAUCGGUCGCAGCCGCGGCCGAGGCGGUCCGCUGGGGUCGGGGCAGACGACGCCCGGCAGGCCGACGCUGAUGCUGCCCGGGCCCUUCGGCGGCCCCGACGACGGGCGGCGGGACUCGUUUGGGUCGAGCCACACGAUGCCGUCGCCUUUUGUGGGCUCCUCGACUUCCGGCGACCCGGCCUACGGCCCGCCCGCGGCCGCCGAGGCCCCCAAGGCCCGCCUCGAGCUGCACGGCAACCUCAACGACAUGGCCGUCGGGUGGAGCCACGACGAGUGGCGCAGCGGCCGGCGCCUCGUCCAGUUCUGGCGGCGCCAGGAGGGAUCGACGAUCCACGCCACCUGGCGCCCCAUCUCGCCGUCGCAGUACGUGCCCAACAGCAUCGUCAUCUCGUGCAUCUUCCGCGACGAGAAAAACGAGUGCUUCGUCACGUCGGUCGACACCAUCUACCUCCUCGAGGCGCUCGUCGCCAGCAGGUUCACGGUCGAGGAAAAGAACCGCAUCCGCCGCAACCUCGAGGGAUUCCGCCCGAUCACCGUCAGCAAGAGCAAGCGCGAAUGCGACGCGUUCUUCAAGCGGAUCAUGAGCUUCCCCAACCCCAAGCCGCGCAACAUUGAAAAGGACGUCAAGGUGUUUCCGUGGAAGGUGCUGUCGUCGGCGCUGUGCAAGAUCAUCAGCAAGUACAGCCCGCUCUACGACUCGUCGGUGGUCGUGGCGGACCAGUGGGCGCCUCCGGAGCUGGCGGGGCCGCAGACGCAGAUGCUGCCCGCGCCCGCCUACCGUGAGGGCGACUACGCAUCGGCACCCGCCUCGGCGACGAUGCCGUUCCGCGAGGGCGGCGGUUAUGAUCGCACCGGUGGCUACGGCGGCGGCGGCGGCGGCGGCGGCAGCACCAUGUACGGAGCGCCGCAGAUGGGCGGCCAGAGCGCCUUGGGCGGCGGCGGCGGCGGCUACGGGGCGGCAGAUACGAUUCCUUUUCCGUCUCAAGGCGGCAACGCCACCGGCUACCAGCAGCAGCAGCACCAGCAGCAGCAACAUCCGGGAGGUGCGCCGACGGGAUACGACGCCUUUGCCGGCGGUGGAAGCGCGUCAGGCAACCUGGGAGCCAUGUACGGCGAGCAGCCGUCGGACCCUUCGCAACAGCAACAGCAACAGCAGCAGCAGCAGCAGCAGCAUCCGCAGGUGCCGACGGACCAGGGCCGGGCGUCGACGAUGGGCCACCAUCGAGACAUGUCCGGCAGCACGCUGGCCGACGCCACAGGCUACUAUCCUUCAGAGCGUCGCAACUAG